ACCGGAGGGGCGCGGUGAAUGGUGGCCGAUUGUUUUCCCACCAGCCGCCGUUCAGUUCGUGCGUAGGAUAGUGCGGGAUCUUGGUGGCGUUUAGCUGGGAACGUGCCGUGCGUGAGAAGGUGUGUCGCUGGCGUACGCCAAGUCGCCAGCCACUAGGGGCGUGUGUGAGGUGCGAUAGUUGCGUUCCGAGCUCGGAGACCAACACCAACAGUGUCCCGCGGAGACGAAACACAAACGACGCGCGGCGAUUGUUGCUACCGAAAAACCAAUAGAAUAUUUCUUUAUCGGCGACAUUGCCACGAUGAAGCGUCGAUCACUGUCCGGAAACUGUGGAGUCGGAGUGUUCGUGAUCGCGCUCGUGACGGUGCUGGUCGCGUUUGCAACGCCGAGCUGGCUGGUGAGCGAUUACCGGAUCACCGGGGCCAAGCUGGACCGGCUGGGCCUGUGGACACACUGCUUCCGGUCGCUCCCCGAUGUCAACGAUGACUACCAGCGCCGGUUCUUCGUCGGCUGCCGCUGGGUGUAUGAUCCGUUCACGACCGGUUACGACGAGAUCCGAGGAUUUCUUAUCCCGCCGUUCAUGGUGGCGACACAGUUCUUCUACACCCUCUGUGCCAUAGCCGUCAUCCUGGCGAUGGUCCUGGUGCUGCUUUACUUCCUUUGCGCCGGUCCGGAUCAAAAGUUCUUCGUCAAACUCAUCAAAGCAAUCAGCUACAUCACAUUGGUGGCCUCGGUAUGCGGCAGCAUCGGCGUCAUCGUGUUCGCCUGCUUCGGUAACAAGGACAAAUGGAUGCCGGAGCAUGCGAACAAUUGGUUCGGCUGGUCGUUUAUUCUCGCCUGCAUCGGGGUCGUGGCGUGCGGAGUAACGUCUUCCCUCUUCUUCGCCGAAGCGCACGUGCAGGCUCGCAAACGGAGACAGCUCAAGGAGUCGCAGACGCAGUUCCAGAUGGACAGCGAAUCGAAAGCAUAAGUUGCCACCCAGCAAUUGUACGAUCGCACAUUUUGUACGUCAUUCCAAGCACAACAUCGAACGAUCGAGAAAAACACAUACAACUGAUUAGUUGGACUUCAUUCGUCUCCCAUCCCAUCGAACCGCACCACAAAAAUCGAGUACGUCCAGUGGUAGAAGUACAAUAGUUAACAACGGGAUGAGUGGAUUUUAAUUUUGCUGCUGGCGCUUCCUCAGCGCCUUCGACGAGUAAAGCGCAGUAAAGGAUGUAAUGAUUGUCAUUUGUAGAAGAUUAGUUUACGUUUUAAGCAAUCUCAAUCAAAGUAGGGACCGUCCAUUGUGUCUUCGCGUAGUUUUAAGCAGAGUUUUCUCAUUACAGAUACGUUACAAAACUCUAAGCGAAAUCUAUCCGUCCAUUUUAGUGUUACUAUAACAACUUUUUAACAAAUAUAAUACUAGCCGGCUGGCUGGGCCCUUAGUGGGGGAACGUAUUUUAAAUGCAAAAUUAGCCUUAACAUUCCAGAACUGUUACACAUCAUUUUUCUUUCUGCUCUGUCAUAUCAACCGAUGAAAGGUCUCUUUCGGCACCUCUAAGUGCUGCCUCAGUUAAGAAGGAAUAGGGCAAGCACAUCUUCUGUAGAGGCGAAAGGGCCUAUGGCCCAAAGACUCUUAAAACUUUAAAACAAACAAGCACAUCUUCUCGAAAUUCAAAUUAGUUAAUCGGCCCACAGUUCCGGCAAAAGAACAACAAAGAAGAACAAUUAGAUGUACCAGUUACAACGAAAAAGAAUAAAAGGAACCGUGCCCUUUGGUAAACUGCAGCCUUAUUAGUAAAAGCAAUCAUUUAGAAACCUGUUGGAAAACAAGUUUACAAUCAAAGUCGCUAGUGAGGUACGGAAAAGAGAUGUGUUCAGAAUGGCGAAGUUUUAUGCGUUAACAUAAUGAAAAAUAAAC